UGCUUCCCCUGUGCAAGUGGAGGAUGUCCCCAGAUGGGUGACUAUGCUGAUCAAUUCUCUGGAAAAAUUAGUGGAGUGGGCCGGAAAUUUUAUUUAAAUACUGGCAAUGCCAGUAAUUUUGCUCGGUGGAGGUAUCAGGUAGCCGUCACGCUGUCUGGAAAGUCCAUUACAGAACACGUGCUCAUUUCUUUGUUUGGAAAUGGAGGGAACUCUAAGCAAUAUGAAAUUUGGGCUCUCUCCAACCAGGAAAGACUCAUACUAAUGACCUUGAUUCUGACGUGGACGUCGGGGACAUAGAGAAGGUU